GAUGGAAGCUUUGUAGCAGGUGCAGGCAGUACAGAAAUUGAGCUGAGCCGUCUCGUAGAACAGUAUGGUUCACAGUGUCCAGGACUUGAACAGUAUGCUAUCAAGAAGUUUGCAGAAGCUUUGAGGGUGUUCCCUAAAGUUCUUGCUGACAACUGUGGUGCAUCUGAUCAAGAAACACUCUCUAACUUGUUGGCAGCCCACACUGAGGGAAAAACAAAUGCAGGAUUUGAUUGUGAGGGUAAUGGAUCAAAUGUUAUUGAUGCAUCAGAGAAGGAAAUCUAUGAUCUCUACCUUACCAAAUACUGGGCUUUGAAAUAUGCUACUUCAGCAGCGAAUCAAAUCCUUCGCGUUGAUCAGAUUAUUAUGGCAAAGCGAGCUGGUGGACCGAAGUCGAGAGGAAUGGGUCCACAGGAUCCUGAUGAUGAUUAGUCACAAUUGCCAGCUAAUGUUCUUUUGCACUAUAGAAUUAUAUUUCACAGCCUGUGUUAAUGGUUUUCUCUCCUAUUUCUUGGCUGCCUUACAAGAAUUAACACAAGUUGAUAAAGGAAAGUAACAUUUUUAACAUGCUUAAUAAGUUUCCAAGCAGGUAUACAGUAGUGCUUAUUAAACUACCUAAUUUCAGCAGCCCCUGGAAAGUGCGAACAAACUCUAUUGUUAAAAGAUGGACCAUAAUGUGGGUUUCCUAUACCAGUGCUGUCAUCCACAGUGUGAUGUGUUCUCUGCGACUGGUGCUUUUUAUAUAAAGUAUGUAAUGCAGC